ACACAUCCAUCCUCACGACGCCCUCCACCGCUUCGCGAAUCUUCCUCCCCAACCACACGAAAACCAAAAAAAACUCACCUUCACCCUCGCCGUCGCGGCGCCCCCCAAAAAAAUUCACCCCUUUUUCCCCACGCUCCGGUGGCUCCACGCCGCCCCGCCCGCCGCCGCGACCACCCGUUCCACCGGCGAAUCCGCGGAUUUAAUCUCCCACAGCUCCCCGUGAGAUCACAAAGACCGGGCGGGCGUGGGCUGUGGGCUGGGAUGGUGGGCGACCUCUCCUCCCUCCUCGCCGCCGCCUCCUCCGCCUCCCCCGUCGUCCUCGCGCCAUCAAAGGAGCUCCAUGGCGUGCACUUGCCGAUGCCGCUCCAGGGGAAGAGGCCGCCGCUGCAGCCGCAGGACGCUGCCGUCCACAUCGAGGCCGCCGCCGCCGCCGCCGCCGCCGCCUUCCAGGGGCAGGUGAUGGUGCCCGGCCACGCGCAUGCCGGCGCUCCCGCCGCCUUCCAGGCCUUCGCUGUGCCCGACAUGGCCGCGCUCAUCGACGUCCAAGCAGACUCUCACCCUGACUCAGUUCAACUUAGCCUUGGGAUUGCCGAGCAAUGCUCAAGGCAGGAGAAAAUCCUGAAAUUUCUAAGGUCAGGGUCCGAUGUGAAAGAACUUGAUGUAUCUUUACUGACUGAACUUACGGGGCAUCAAACUCUGCCAAUCAACUUGGGUACUCAACCAUACAUCCCUGAUGAUAAGUUAUCAGCUCUUCCAAUCAGCAUGGCCAGUCAACCAUAUAUCCCUGACGAUAAGUUAUCUAUCUAUGAGUUUGAAUUGGAUGAGCCCCAGCAGUAUCUACCAGAAAAUCAACUUGUCAUCCCUGAUCCUCUUGUGGAGUUUUUCCAGUCCCAUGGUUCUGCCCUUACCAUAGAUCAAAACAGGAGAAUCCUCUUCAAUGGAAAUGGAGAUGAUAUGAGAUAUUUACUUUCGAUUGUCUUGGCAUUCAAUAUGUCUAAACGAGAAAUAAGCAGUUGCAAGACAGCAUAUCUAGUUCCAUAUUUUGAAAGGAAAAGGCGAUCCCGAGCAAGCAGCCAUGCAUCCAAUUCAAAAUUAGCAAGCACAGCAGUUGAUGCUUCAAAAAGCACUGCAAAUGGGAAGUCAAAAUCUUCAUCAAGGAAGAAGCAGAAGAGUAAAAAUAUUAAAGAACGUGACCUGUACCCGAAGAACUAUUUCCAUGCUAGUGAAGCAUUUUUAUCUAUGCUCCUGGACAAGGACAAUAGCAGCUCAACAAUUCAUUCACUGAAAAAAGCUGGUCCUGAGAUCAGUGAACUGCUGACAAAAUGCUCUAUUGGCAUCGCUGGAACUGGCUUGGCUGUUCUUCUCUCAGUUGUGUGCAAGAUGGCUACCGGUAUGAAGAGUCCUAUUGCUGCUACGCGGCUGGUGAACACUGGUGUUGGACUUGGGCUCUUUUGGCUCUCCUGGGCAGUAAACGGAUUGCGAGACACAAUUACUAGCAUAUUUAGAAGCCCAGGUGACAUGAACUUGAAGGACGAAGAGGUUGCAGUCAGAAUACAAAAGAGCAUGAACGACAUUCUCUUCAGAGCUAUCACUAUAUUGGCAAUCACUGCUUUUAAGUUUGCGUAAGUGGUUACAUACUAAUUUACCUUUUCCCCGACCCACCUGUAAUAUAUAAUCCACCAUUUUGGUUCAGGAGUACAGCACUAGUGCUUCUGUAGGAUUAAGUGCCAAUUGAGCAAAUGAUCCCCGGUAAUUUUGUAGAAAAUGAGAAACCGUUGUGAACUGUACAGAAUUUUGCUGGCAGCUUGGUGUAUAUGAAAGAUGGGUUUUUUUCUUAUCUGUAGAUGAACAAUCCAAUGCCCAAUGAUUUAUCUAUCCAGCAGACAGGUUCCAUAUUUUAGCUA